GUCUUUGAACUUCAGGAAUGCUAUUAGAGGUGAAGCUAACUUCUACAGGAAGGUGGAGCCCUAGGAGCAGGACUGGACCACCCUGCUCUAAACGGUCCUCACCUCAGAUCAAAAGGACAGUCUGUUUCAUUUAUUUCAGUGCACGCGGACACGCCCCCUUGUUUCCGUGGAAACGUGCGCACUGCGCAGUUUCACUUUCACUUAACAACGAAGAACGGUCGAGUCUUUGCAGCAGUAUCUUAUCCUGGCGAACGCAUUUAUGCAGUCAUGGACAGUGUUAAGAUGGACGUGAAGGAAAUGGUUAUUGAAGUCAAUGAACUUCCAGACGACUACCCCAAUAAUAAAAUGAUUGACAAAUUAACCAUGCACUUUCUGAGGCCCAGAAACAACGGUGGAGAGGUUUUAAUAGUGAUAUAUCCCACCUCCAACAAAGGCCAGGCUUAUGUUGUUUUUGAUUCAGAAGUACUCCGAGUCUUGGACCAUAAUCAUGUUUUGGAACUGGAUGGUCAGUUUUACCCACUGGAUGUUAAAAAGAUACAUCAGCCUAAGUUUGACGUGCCAGCUGAAGCAUUCCUUGAUGUGAGCAUGUUCUACAGUCAGAAAAAGAUCCGAAAUCUUCUUCAUAGCCACGGCUUUGAUGUGUCAGAGACCCGUUCAGGACAGCUGCACUUGCAGGGAACCUUUCUUAACCUAAAACGCAUCCAUCCCAAACUCAUGCAUCUCCUUGCCCAAGAAACCCACUUGCAAAGAAGCAAACCUUCGCAAUGCACUAAUGGCUUCUCGUCUGACUCUGUCUCCAGUGAUUUUGAAUCUAGAUCUCAUUCCACAUCAAGGCACAGUCCCAAUGGCCACUCAGUGUAUGCUGCAGGCAGAAACCCACAUUCUGGAAUAAACUCAAGAUCCCCAGAGUCUCCAAACGGGCAGGCACUCAUGCAGGCUGCCUCUCCAAUGGAUGUUAGUUUAAGCACAGAGAGUUCCUUCAGCAUUCCCACCAGGAGCUAUGAGGAUUUCAGCGUAAGCGCUCGGCAGAAAAAUCCCUCAUCUCACAGGAAAACUGAGGAUUCCUUCCCUGUGGAUCCACUCGCAUUCAAAUACGUAAUGCACUUUAAGAAAGAUUUUAUCGAAAAAAUAGAAUCUGAUCACCAAACUCAUAUUAGCCAUGUAGACAAUUCAGGAGUUGUUAUGGUUAAACUUUCAGGAGUAUUCUGUGAGGAAGCAGGUAAAGAAUUGCGUGAAUUCAUGCAGAACAUCAGCUCAUCUUUACGCACGCAAGAAAUAGACCUGCAUAAACUUAACAGGAGUCAAAAAAAACACAUUACUGAGAAGGCUUUCUCAUUCCAAAAGAUCUACAAUGUUUUAAUUAGGGAGGAAAAUUAUAUUCUCAAAGUGGUGGGUUCCUCUAAAGACAGUUAUGAAGCGAUGGAAAGGCUUCUUGGACAGGAGGUUAAUAUUGCUUUGCCAAGACAUUCCACAAGGAACUCUUUGCGACGGAGCAACUCUUUGCCAAGACAAAAAACAAGGUAUAGCGAGGAGAACCCAGACUUGGGAGGAAUUCCUGAUGCUGUGUACACUACUACUGUUAGUAGCUCCUCUGCCUCUCAUUCCCGGACUGACCCUCAAUUACAACCAGAAGAACAACAGGAAAGAGGUCGCAAGUCCUCUAAAUCCUCUGCACAAUGUGGCAGGACACACAGCGCCUCUCGAUUACAACACAAAAAUGAAAGCAGAGUAAACCGAGAACCAUCAGCUCAUGAUAAGCAGGAUUUGACACCCCCUCAUGAAGUUCAGAUAUUUAAAAACAGGCCCAUUCCUAAAGUUAUGGCUGCUCUUACUCCUAAAAGAAAGAUCAAUUUCAAAAAAUUGAGACUGUAG